GUUGUGAGUUUCGUUGCUAAGUAACGGACAAUAAAUAAUCGCGAUAUCUCAAGCAAGCUUUGACUCUUUUCAACACAAUGUUAGAAUCAGAAGGGGAAGAAGAUACAAAACCAAAUGAAGUGCCGGAAAUGGUGGAAUGUAAUGGAAACUUAGAGAUUGGUCAAAAAACAUCAGACUACUACAAGACUGUUAAUCUUCCCAAAAAAUUUGAAUAUCCAGUCUGCUUGAAAGGUUAUGGCAGGAAAGAACCUAUAAACCCUCAAUUCAUGACCACCUCCUCAGACUAUGGUUCCAUACCACCAACAAUACACACAGUACCAAAGUGUUUCUAUCCAAAGACACUGCAGUUCACCAAGCAUCUUCAGAAUGCCGGAAUGUAUCGGAAUCGUUCCUUAAAUACAGCUCUGGACAAAAGUUACAUUUAAAUCCAUCAAGGCACUCAUAUUACGUGCCAUGUUUUAAAAUAUGGACGCUGAACAACUAGAAAUUGUUUGUCAGAAUAAUCUCACUUAUCAUGUGGAAAUUUAAUAAAUAAUGAAAAUUUAA